GGGAGACGAGGGUGUCAGCCUCGGGCAGUUUUCCGAAGGGAGUCACCCGGGGCGCCCCGGCCCUGAGGAGCUGGGAAUGUGGCUAGGGUGAUAAGGACCACGAGGUGGCCCUUGACAGGGGCGAUCGGGAAAUCUCUGGUGAUUUACUGACCACCAUUUCUCCGGUCUGGUGGAGUUGGGAGCCUCGUUAAAGUAAAAGGAGGAGUGAGUGGGAGGUGAGGACCCAGCCACGGGCAGUGCAAACAGCUCUUUUUGAAAGUGGCCUUGAAGGGGAAGCAGAAGAUAGGACUGUCCUGGAGGUGGAGUCAAAGAAGUUUCCUUUCUUUUUUAAAGCAAGAAACUAGAAUGUGUUUAGUGCUUAAAGAAGGAACCAGCCAAAGGAGAGUGAAGGAAAAGUAGAAUGAAUAAUUAUCCCCUCUCCAGGGGACAUUCUGGAGCCAAGUUCCUGAGGCGGUGGAAGGGCGAGCCACCUGAGCUGAGGAAUUACCUUUACACCCGAGGAGCAAUAGGAAGACCCGCCGCGUGUAAAGCAACGUCGUAGGCGGCGCCCUGGGCGUCAUGGUCCACCUGCAGGCCUCGGAAGUGCGACAGCUGCUUCACAACAAGUUCGUGGUCAUCCUGGGCGACUCGGUCCAGAGGGCCGUGUACAAGGACCUGGUGCUCUUGCUGCAGAAGGACUGCCUGCUCACCACCAACCAGCUCAAGGCCAAGGGGGAGGAGACCUUCGAGAAGGACGAGCUGGUGGACGGAGGCCAGAUGGGCCCCAUGCACAACGGCAUCCAGUACCGGGAGGUCCGCCAGUUCUGCGACGCCCACCACCUGGUGCGCUUCUAUUUCCUGACGCGCGUGUACUCCAGCUACCUGGAGGCCGUCCUGCAGGAGCUGCAGUCGGGCGAGCACGGCCUCCCGGACGUGCUCAUCAUGAACUCCUGCCUCUGGGACCUCUCCAGGUACGGCCCGGACUCCUGGCGGAGCUACCUGAGGAACCUGGGGAGCCUGUUCGGGCGCCUGCGCCAGGUGCUGCCCGAGUCGUGCCUCCUGGUGUGGAACACGGCCAUGCCCGUGGGCAAGCGCAUCACCGCGGGCUUCCUCCCGCAGGAGCGGCAGCCCGGGGACUACUCCCUGAGGGUCCAGGUCAUCGAAGCGAACUUCUACAGCUCCGCCGAGGCCAAGAGACACGGCUUCGACGUGCUGGACUUGCACUUCCACUUCCGCCACGCGGAGCAGCACCUGCAGCGUGACGGCGUGCACUGGGACGAGCGCGCGCACCGCCACCUGUCCCAGCUGCUGCUGGCGCACGUGGCCGAUGCCUGGGGCGUGGAGCUGCCUCGGCGUGACCACGUGGGCUCAUGCAUCAGGCCCGGCCCGGGACUGGAGAGGUCGCGGCGGGCCUCCCCGCCUCCCCGGUGCAGCCCUCUACUCCCGACUCCCCCGCUGCCCCUGGCGCCACCUCCCCUCCUGCCCUUGCCCCCGCAUCCUCGGCCCUUUCCUUUGAACCGGGUGAUGCCGCGGUGCGUGGUCUGUCCCCAAGAUACGUAUUAUUCCUCUGACCAGCCUUUCCAGUCGGAUCAAUUCUCCAGCUAUUUCCAUUCAGAUGUCCCCUCACCUGCCCAGACGGGAUUUGCCUUUGAAGAUGGCUUUAUGAUGGAUCCUCAGCCGCCUGUGCCCCAUUUCCCCAUAUCCUAUCUGCAGCGGGCCCCCGUGGUUCACAGGGGUUUCCCCCGGUACACGCCUCGUGGCCCCUACAGGCCCUGGGGUCGGCAGCCGAGGUCUUCCAGGAGACGGGGCCAGUCCCGCCCACAGCCAAGGCCUCAGUAAACCGACGAGGGCCUUUGUCCUCUUCCUCUUCAUGGGCUGGACAGAUCAUCUGACUGUCCCGAAACAGACUGACCUUGUUAACUUAAGCCUUUGGUCCGUGCUUGGGCUUCUUUUUGGUCAUUGGUGUCACCGAUAAGGACAGGGAAGGGCAGGCAGUCUCCUCCAUUUUUGUUGGCUGUGGCCUCUUCCUCUAUUCUUUGGGGGUGAUCAAGCAUUAUUCCUGCCUCUCCACUCCCUAUCCUGUUUGUCUUUUUUGUAAACAGAAAAUGGAAAUAAAGAAGUCGUUUCACGAUAGUAGUUGUGGGUUUUGGGUGUGGCUAUAUUUGAUGGUGCCUCUCCCUUCCAUUAAGAAUUAGCUGCUUGAAAAGCAAGGACAGUGUUUAUGGCAUCUAUUUGAUAAAUUACGCAAAGUGGAAUUUGUCUAGAAUCGUUCUGAAAGUCUCCAUAAGAUGGACCUGAUUCCUUACCAAUAAACAGAAGAACUUUAACUUUUUGCGAUCAUAUUUUCCAGAGAUUCUCAGAGUCAUUGAAUUUUAAAACUGGGAAAGCUAAAUAUAUAAUGUUUCCUAGUUAAAUAAGCCAAGAGAGGUGAGUGACUUGUUAGAGGUCACACAAAAAUCCCUCUUCCACUAGUCUUUCCUAGUUUGUACCGGUUUCUGAUUGACAUGAAUUUUCAAACCAUGGAGACUGAUACCACAGCAGUGUCACACCAAGAAGGACAGUUUACCAAAACAUGGUCUUUCUAUGAAAAUGAUGGUGAAAACCGCUAUAGCUCCGUAACUCCAGAAGUUCAUUGGUUGGACGUGCAAUGUGUGUAGAGUAGAGAGGAUGGUGUGCUUGUGACUUUGUGAUUUCUUUGAAUAGUCUUUUGAGUUUGGGACUUGAGAAAAUUAGAAAAGAAGAAGUUGCACUCAAUGACAAUGUCUAUCACCAUUACAGAAUUAAACUACUGUUCGGAAGGAACCACCCAGGGCACAACUCUUGACAGACGGCCAUGGCCAUCUCUUUGCUAUUUUAUGGAAAUGUUAACAUCACAAAGACUUAAUAUGCUAGGGCCUUUAUCACCCUAGACUCAUGAAAUGUUAAUAACUUGUAUGAAACAGUCAAAACAGGACACAACUAAUAUUUUCUGAAUGAUUGAUUAUUUCCUUGGAUUGAUUUGACUGGCUUGUAAGUCCUCAAUUGGGCCAUUCCUGAAGUUGACAGUAAGUGUCAGGAAAUGUUAAUCUGCAAAAAAUGAAAUUCGUGAAAUCACAAAAAAAUUGACGAGAUCAUCUCUCUAUAGAAGAAAUACACAGCAGCUUUUCAUCUAUUAAAAAACCAUAAAAUUUGCAAAGAAUAAGACCUUCAUCUUACCUCUGUGUCUCAAAUCCUAGCACAGUGUAUAGCACUUAGUACUGAAUAAGGUUUCUUGAAUGAAUCCGUGAGUGAAUGAGGCGGUGGAGUUCCGGUGUUCCUAAGGACACUGUGACCCAAGUCUCUGAGCAGUUACUGUAUGUGGACGUCGAAUCCUUUAGCACAUCUGAAGGAACAUUGUUGAAACAGCGGGAUGACAACCAUCAAGGACUCAAGAACAGUGGUACCUACAAGUGAGAAUUUGCCAGAAUGUCCCAGCAAAGUCAGGAGAGCGAGCACCUGUCCAGCUAAUGCCAACGUUCUAAUCCCAGGGAGGAGGGGAAUGCACCAGGCUUUGAGAUUCAGUACCAUUAGCCCUCAAGAUAAACCCGUUGCCUCAUUCUGUUUUUACAUUUCCCAAGCAAGACAAAGCAGUGCUUAGGAGUUGAUCCGAGUACGUGGACUCUAGUAUUUAUAUCUUCGUAAAUAAACCAAGAAAUCAGUGGUGUGGUUUGUAUCUCUUAUGAGUUAGGCUAGUGUUCUGAUCACACCAGAUGAGGCAAGGAGAGUGAGUUCUUCGAGAUAAGGUACUGAGGACCAGAUGCUGAAUCAAAAAGGAAUCCACUGUCUCAUAUUAUGGAUUAAAUUGCACCAAUCACAUGACGGUCCUGUUUUUCUCAGAUGGGGAGUGGUGCAGGCAGACUCGGGGAAAAUCUUUUCCUGCCCAGGUGUAUUAAUGUCCUAGAGCUGCUGCAAUGAUUACCACAAACUUGGUGACUUAAAACAAUACAUAUUUAUUCUCUUAGCAGUUCUGGAGCUCAAAAGUCCAAAAUCCACUACCCCUGAGCAAAAUCUCUAUGGGAUCUCUUGCUGUCCUACGUGACCGGGCUUCCGCCUGCCCCCGCAAUGUUGUCUUCUGGAACUUUCUUCAUUGAUCUUCAUGCUUUUGGCCACACUGGGCGUCUCUCUGUUCAUACACAACCUGCCAAGCUCUUUCAUAACUUGGGUCUUUGUGCUUGCUAUUCCCUUUGCCUAGAAUGUGCCACAUCCCCUACGCCCUGUUUCUUUGGAUAUCUAACUCUUCAUGCUUCCAUCCCCACUUUUCAAGUCCCCUCCUAAAAGGCCUUUUAGGACCAUUUCGGCUACAAGGACUGUUGGAAUCUAUCAUGGCGCUCCUUUCCUCGUAUUGCUUACCCCCUCCUUCGUGGCUUCAGUAGUUGCUUCUUAGCCCCUCCCACUCGGAAGUAAGCUCCUAAGUCUUGUUCACUGUUGAAUUCCCGAUGUCUCAUGGCACAGUGCUUGGCAAGGUAGGUGUCCAAGUAUAUUUACUUCAGAUAAAUAUUCAAGAACAUAAUUCACGUUGUGUACUCACAAAAACAUAAUUUAUGUUAAAAUUGAGCUGUAUUUGAUCACUUUGCUUUAGAAAGUGUCUCUAGAAUUCUCUCAACUUGAUCUAAGUCAUCCUGGGUGGCUAAUAUACCCUGAGCCUCUUCGCCCCUAUAGUAUUAGCCUGAUAGCACCUUCAGUGCUAAUUUCAUACAUACCCUGGCCUUUAUCUUCCAGCCCUGAGCUGCUUUGCCCAUUUUUACUCUUGCUACCUUGUUCCUUAAGUCAAGAAACCUAGCAAUGCAACCAAGCUCUUGUCUGGUAAAAAGAGCCUCAAUUAUUCAGCAGUUACGAGAGAAAUGAUUGCUUUAUUGUUAAGACUUAAAAUGCAGGGUUCAUUUGGCCUCUUCUCCAGCCUCAAAAAAUGACAGCACUCAAAGCUUUUUUCACUUGGCUCUUGUCUUCUGGAAAAAGAAAAGAAAAAAGUAAAAUUAAUGAAUAAAUUAACAUUAUCCAAGCAGUGUAUGAUUCUCACCUUGUUCUAGCAUGAGGUAUACUGUUACGUCGAAGGCCAAAACUUCAAAGCUGUGACUAUUUUUCCCUCAGCACAAACAAAGCAAGGCCCAGCAUUUGAAAAUAGAUGGAAUCUUCUAUCCUGCCAUAGGAUGGGGACCAUCCCCCCAACCCGCUGGCCAGCUGCAGAGCUCUUGUUCGCAGGGCCCCUGCAUUGCGUGAUAGUUGGACCCAACAUUGAUGUUAUUUCCUCGAGCUGUUCACAGUGGCAGCUCCAUCUCUGACAGCUUUCUGUUCAUGAAUUCUGCACAAGACAGAAGCUGACAUCUGUGUACCGGAGGGAUACCACCGCGUCCUCUGCCCAGCAAGUAGCGCAUGGAGACGGUCUGCAUGUCACUGAGGUCAAGAAAACAGGCUUGGGGAUGCAAAUACCUCCGGAAGGAUGUGGCCACACCACACGAUGCUCCCCAGACCACGGGUGCCCCAAGGGACAUUUCUUCCCAGCUCCCAGGGCUAUGGAUGGGCAUGACUCGACCUGGUCAGCAGAGAGCAAGGAGACCUCCUGGCUGAGAAGGAGAACUGCAGGUCUGGUUCCGUCACCUCAGAGAAACAUGAACUUCUCUGUCUCUCGUGACUCUCCAAAGCUCCACUGACAAAACUUCAGGGCUUCGUUUGAACCCUCGUGUUGCCUUUCUGCUGGUGCCCUCCUCCACAGGCCGCGUUGACACCCUGAGAGGUCUAGAGCAAGGGGAAAGCUAAGACAACCUGACCGCUGGUAGAAAUGCAUUCCAGUGGGGCGCCUGGAUGGCUCAGUCGUUAAGCAUCUGCCUUCGGUUCAGCACCUGAUCCCGGGGUUCUGGGAUCGAGCCCCACAUCGGGCUCCUUCACUGGGAGACUGCUUCUUCCUCUCCCACUCCCCCUGCUUGUGUUCCCUCUCUCGCUGGCUGUCUCUAUCUCUGUCAAAUAAAUAAAAUCUUUAAAAAUGAUUCUAUCCAUUCCAAUGAAUAGAAUUGUUCCAUAUUGGACUUUUCAGCUUGAGUUUCCAAAAAGAGGCCUGAUUUCAAAGUAAAACAGAUAUUCCAGGAUUAAGCCACAGAGACAGACUUCUCAGUCUUGGAAAAGACAAGACAUGGGCCUAUGUCUCAGGCUCUGGCGAAGGAACUUCUCAUUUCCUUUCCCUGUAAGUCUGUGUGGUGCCAUAUCUCCCACCUGCCUUGGGUUAUUCACAUGCCCUUCCAGGCAGCCAAAUCCAAGAGGGCAAGAUGUGCCGUGGAUAUGCCUCUGUAUUCUUCACAGCCAGCCGAGUGCCUGUCCCUGAGGAAGUUCUUGGUCAUUGACUGACAUUGUGUUUGAAAUUCUCUGAAGAAAGAUUUCAAAAAUAGUUGGCUUUCUCUGAUGGGAGUUUUGCUAGCUGGGAAGGUGAUGCUGGGUAACUUCUCAGCAGGGUUUGAAUUUUGAGUGCUAGGGAAAGAGCAGCCUGAUUGGAAGAGGGGCACAUUUCACUAGGAUACACUCUGUUAUCUUUGUUUUACAUUUAAAUGAAACAUUUGGGGCUACAUAAAAUUUGGAUGACACAUUAAGGGCAAUUUCCUCAGCGUGAGUCAAGUUGCUGAUUAGAGAUCUGAGGCCUCCUGGAGUAUGCUGUUUGUGCUGCUGAUUGGUUAAGGGCUGUUUCCCAAUGCAGGGUGGGCUCAUUUUCCCUUGGAGAACUGAAGAACAGGCCUUUCAGGCACAGCCAAAGUGAACUCUCUCUUCAAAAAGUGUGGUCCCCUGAGCUGAAGCUCUUGAGCUCUCUUCCUAACUACACAGGAAGCAAAGAAAUGUCAGCUGCACUGUGGGGUGAAGAAUUAACCACCCCCUGAAGAGGUCUGACCUUUGUUCCUGGCUGCUGGUGGGUAAUCUCUGGUGUCAUUCUCCUGAGGGCAGUGGAGAGCCUAACAAUGUGAUUUAGACUGGGGGGGGGCACCCCAGAAAGACCAAGAACAUGACUUGGGGCUGAGGCUUUGGGUCUCCCAGUAUCAGUGGCCUGGAGACCGAGGUCCACAGUGUGCUAUCAGUCAGUCAGUCCAUCAUGCCUGUGUAAUGGAACCCCAAGAAAAAUCAAACACUGAGGAUGAGGUGAGCUUCCCUGGUUGGCAAGACCCUGGGCAAAUCGUCACACGUUGAUGUCAUACAACACGUCUCACCUCCCUGGGUGAAAGCUCACAGAAGCUCUGUAUUUGGAACCCUCCUGGACUCUGCCCUAUGUGUCUUUUCCUUUGGCUGACCUUUAUCUCUAUCUUCCCCCUGUAAUAAAGCAUAACUGUGGAUAUACCAA